UCACUACUGGAGUCCAUAUUUUCCACUGUCGGUUGAGGUUCAGACUUCAGAAAUUAGAACCCUCUCUCUCUCUCUCUCUCAUACACACAAGCACAAACUAACGAAAUAAGGAUUAAAGCUUAGAUUCAAUAACAAAUAGCAAAUAUGGGUAGAGGCAAAAAUAAACGGCAGACGGUGAAAGGCGCCGAGACGGAGGAUGACGACGGUGAUGAUACAGUCAGCACCAUUUCCACAGCCGAGUCUUCAGACGGACAACAGUCGCUAUCUCAUGAAGCUGUCGCUCAAGUUCGGGGAGAGAAGCCCGAUAUUGAGGAUGUCCUGGAUAUGCUUUAUGAAAAGAGGUCAUCAACCAGGGAACAAGGACUUGAUAUACUUUCGAAGGCACUAACAAGCAAGUUGCAGCUAGAUUUUGUGAUGAGCAAGGGCGAGACCAUACUUCGCCAAUGCCUGUCUAUUUUCAGAAAAGGUUCUGCUUCUGAAAUUUCAUUAGCUGCUCGCACACUGGGCUUGCUUGGAAUCAGUGCUGGUGAGAGUAAAUUAGCAAAUAUGAUUUUCAAAGAAUCAUUUAUUCAUCUAAGCCGCAUAUCUAAACAGAGCCUGGAUGAGGCUAGUCGCAUUUCGUAUCAUACUGCUGCCAAGCUCUGA